AGAUUCGCGGGCAGAUUUCUCAGUGCUCGCGUGAUUGUAAUCGAAGAAGAGACACACAGUGUUCUUGGCGGCAUUAACCCAUUCACACACUUGUGAAUAUACUCGACAGUAAUCGAAAUUGGUCAAAGGAAAAUGUGAUGUGAAAUAGUUUCAUGAAACUUACGCUAAAAUUAAUCAAAUACAAAAGUGUUUUGAAAUAUCAUGAAUAGUGUACCUUAAAAUACUAAAAUUGAAACGCGCAUAAUCGUCGAAGUGAUUUUCCUUGACAAUUUUCCAAUUUAUUUGAUAAAUAAUGGAGCAGUUGAAGAACGAGAAAAUGAAGAAUAGAAGAGAAUUGAUAACAUGCCGAGAUGUACUCUGGUAUCUGGUUUUCUUCGGUUUUGCCGCUAAUUAUAUGAUGAGGAUCAACUUGAAUUUGACGAUAGUGGCGAUGGUACUGCCUCGUCCAAAGACAACUAUAAUUGCACAAUGCAAUUCAGAAUCCAUCCAGCUAUUACAUAAUAAAACGUACGACAUUAACAGCACUUUUACAACACCUUCGACUAUACAAAUCCCAUAUAAUGUUACGUACGAAGAUCGAUUUGAAUGGAAUGAAUAUCAGCAAGGUUUAGCUUUAGGAGCUUACUACUGGUUGCACUGGUUAUCACAACUUCCUGGCGGACUAUUGGCCAGACGUUAUGGGACCAAACUUGUUUAUGGCUUAGGAAAUUUUUUCACAGCUUUAAUCGGAUUUUUCAUUCCAUUCAUAACGCAUUAUCAUCUCUAUGCUCUUGUCUUCCUACGAGUUCUUCAGGGUCUGGCUGCGGGUGUAAUUUGGCCUUCGAUGCAUAAUAUGACAGCGAAAUGGAUACCCCCAAAUGAGAGAAGCCGAUUCGUCAGUGCCUAUUUGGGUAGCUCUGUUGGUGCUGCUGUAACUUAUCCACUUUGCGCCGCUGUUAGUAACACGUUCGGUUGGGCUGCAGCUUUUUAUGUAACAUCAUUAUUUGGUGUGGUUUGGUACGUUUUCUGGCUGUUCCUGGUGUACGAUUCGCCCCAGCAACAUCCCCGAAUAAGUGACAAAGAAAAGAAAUACAUUUUGGAUAAUCUUGGGGAUUCAGUCGACGAACAGGAGACCAGAAUACCAUGGAAAUCCAUACUGACGUCGCGUCCAGUUUGGGUUACCAUCGCUGCUAACUGGAGCAGUGGAUGGGGUUUUCUUACUUUGAUGACCCAAGCACCGUCCUACUUUAAUUUUAUUCAUGGAUGGAACAUCAAUGCGGUUGGUAUGAUCUCUGGAGCUCCACAUUUAAUGAGAAUGAUCUUCUCCUAUUAUUUUUCAAUUAUGAGCGAUUGGCUGAUACGUACGAAGAGGAUGAGCUUGACGAACGUUAGGAAACUGGCCACUUUUGUGUCCACGGGUCUUCUAGGCGUCCUCAUCUUGAUAUUGGGUUUCAGUGGAUGCCAACCAACUCUCGCUAUAAUCUUUAUGAUGGCAGGGAUUACUAUAAACGGUGCAGUUUCCGCUUCCAGUUUCGCAAACUUCGUUGAUCUGAGCCCGAAUUAUGCUAGUGUUCUGCUUGGUUUAUGCGGAUUGGUGGUGAUUUGGAGUGGUUUCAUUUCACCUGCAGUCGUUGGCGUUUUGACAAACAAUAACCAAACUAUAUCCCAGUGGCGUUCAGUUUUUAUCAUAGCAGCGAUAAAUUCGUUUGCUGGAACUAUUAUAUUCUUGUUAUUCGGAACAUCAAAGGAACAACGGUGGAACAAAUACGGGAAAGUCGACGAAAAAAUGGAACAAGAAAUGCAGAAAUUGACGAAAGCAACUGCUAUAAAAUGCGAGGAAGGAAAUGAAAAAAUGGACGUAAACGAAAAAGAUAAAAUGAUUGAACAGAAAUGAGGAAAGUAAAAGCAGAAAUACAGUACAUACUGAUUAAAAGUGAUAGAACAUGUUGUAUUAACGUUAAACCACCGAAGAAUAAUAAAAUAUCAUCUAAGAAUAUAAAAAUAAGUAAUCAAUGAAAUUUAUAAAAUUUCAACCAUUGAAUUAUGAUUGCUGUCACAAUAUUAUACUGAUAAAAAUUGUCCAAAAUUCAUAAUUUAUGUAACAUUCCAAGUAUUUUACAAAUUUACAGUGGUACUGCACGUUUAUUUAAUCAAGUAUAUUUGUUUCAAAGUGGUAUUUUCGCUGUUCACAGCUCCAAGAACACAAAAAUGAAAGUCAUUAGCAAGAAAAUUAAGGAAAAUGUGUUCAUUAAAAUUCCAUAUUUAUCAGCAUUUUAAUGAAUUUUUUAAAGACUGAAUUAUAUAUCAAUUAAAAAAUGUUUAACGAAAUACUUGAUCCAGUGUGGAAUACCUUAAAUAUUUUUAAUAAUAUCAGGUAUAAAAAUGGUAGAAAUAUUUUAUUUUAACAAUAUUUGGAACAAAGAAGUAUUUAUAUUGUUACAAUACCAGUGUACGUUGAGAUCACUAAUACAGGUAAGCAAAGUAGAAAAAAAA